AUGGCUCUAAGAACGCACCUGUUAUUUCCAAACACCCUUCCCCAACCUCCGAAAUUCUACCACUGCCCCUUCCCCGCUAUCACCAAUUUCAGAACCCGAAUCCCAUGCGCCAACAAAAACAGCUUUAGUGAUGCUGAUCUUGCAUCAGAUUUGGCCACAGAAGUUGCGAAAGUAAAUAACCAUUUGGUGCAGAGAGAAGAGGCCAUGAAGAAAAGCAGAGAAUUACUUUUCACCGAGCUUUGCAACUAUUUGUCUUUGGAUAAAGAGGAAGUGAAGAGGAAAUGGAACAGAAUGGAUCAAGAGGAGAAGAGGGUUAUGAUUAAAGGGUUUGUUAAUGAAUGGGGUGUCAAUUUUCACCCUUUAUCUGCUAGGUCGGUCAAAGAAAUGAUUGAAGAGUAUUUACAUGAAGAGAAGCCAUCUUCAAAUUCUUCUGGUUCAAUGUUGUUUCCUGGUUUGAAGAGGAUAAUGGGGUUUGAAGAGUAA